GAGUUCGAACGAGGCGGGAAGCGGCGGAGGAGCGGAGCGGCGGCGGCUCCGGAGCGGCAGGAACGGCCCCAGUGCCCCGGGUAACAGCGGGGGAGGCCGCGGCUGCACUGAGCUUCUCCUCAGCCCCGGGCUCGGCCCUCCCGCCCGCAGCCAGGCCCGCCGCCCCGGGGCCUGGGGUUCGCUCUCCUUCCUUCCCUCCCUCCCUUCCCGCCGCCGCCAUGUCGGUCAAUCCCAUGGCCUACGAAGCACAGUUCUUCGGCUUCACCCCCCAGACCUGCAUGCUGCGCGUCUACAUCGCCUUCCAGGACUACCUCUUCGAGAUGAUGCUGGUGGUGGAGAGCGUGAUCCUGAAGAAGCUGGAUGGGAUCCCCGGCUGUAAGAUCAGCCCCAGCCAAAUCCGGAAGAGCACGGAGAAAUUCCUUCUCUUCAUGAAGGAGCACUUUGACAAGCUCUUCAGUAAAAUGGAAGAAGUGCUGCUGCAGCUGGUCUUAAACAUCCCCGAGAACGUGCUCCUUCCCGAGGACAAGGUCCACGAGCAGUAUCCCUACAGCAAGGAGCAGUUCCAGGCGCUUCAGGAGGAGAUCCAGCAGCUGCAGCAGCAGUACAGGGCCGAGGCCGCCGCCGGGCAGGCGCUGAGGGCAGAGCUGGAAGAGCAGGACGUCGUUCGGGCCGAGCUUGAGAAGAUUUUGCAGUGGUUUGAUGGGCUGGACAAUAUCUGCAGGGAGCACGGGACCGGCAACUUCAAAGAAAGCUUUGCGUUCUUGAUGCAGCACUCCAAGAAACUGCAAGAUGUGCUGAAAGAUGUCGAAAAGAAAAGCAACAAGCUGAAGAAGCACGAGCAGUUAUUGUAAUGGAAAUGCUGAAAAGACAAUAAAAACCAUUUAGACAGCUUGCUUAAGAUGAUUGGGGUGUAUCUUUCCAGAAGUGCCUCCCCUAAUCCCUUACUCCUCCAACUCUGCCAGCGUCCAGACUGAAAGAUGUUGAGCUGUGUCAGUUUGCACUUAUUUAGCACUUCCCCAGGGAAGCAGAGAGAGGAAAAAGCCUUGGUUUUCUGUGAAAUGUAACUCUGAAAAUGGUGAUUGGGAAUAAAUUUUGGGUUGGAUAACCUGGCUGUGCAUGUACCUUCCGGGCCUUAGGAGCAUUACCUCUGAACACGGUGCAGCAUUUGUUUAUUUUGAUUACUUAAAUAAUCUACCUAUAAGAAUGUCUAAUUAGAGUUUCCACACUGAUACCAGUUCAGAGUCGACAUUUUUGGCUGUGAGGACUUUGUACCAGUUUCCCGAAGGAGUGGAUUUGCACCAGCAGCAUCUCGUUCAGGCUGAGGUGUCCUUCUUUUAAAAACCAAGAGGUAGGAACUCCUUAAAGACGAGUGAGACAGUGAUGCCAUUGUCAAGGUUCUGACGAGAAAUAGGUCUGUUUGCAUCAAUACUGAAUUUCAACCCCAUUUCUGAAAUUUUGGGGCUUCUUACCACUUCCCAGACGUUGCGAAGAGGCAGCUUGUGUGUCCUUGAAGCCAGGACAAGCUGCUCCACAGACGGAAGAUACAGAAGCCACGGGAGGAAAUGAGCAACUCAAUCACUUUGUCUUACUUUAGCUUAUGUUGCUUUGUAUAUAUUUUGUUUGUUUUCACUUUUGUUGUCCAAUGUCCUUCUUUUUUUACUAAAUAGCAAAGUUCAUUUUAUUCAUGGUUAAUCCAGUUUUCCUGUAAAAAAUGGUGAGAAGAUCGAUGUGCUUGAGUUCUUUGAAAUCACUUAAUUAACCUUAUUCUGUCUAUACUUGAUUCAGAGUACAUUUCACUCUGCCUGUGUUUUUCUGUUGGCCUCGGCGGGUGUGGAAUCUUCUGUACAGAUGUAGCCUGAAAUUUAAUACUAAUUUUGACUUUGCUAGUUAUCUGAAAUACAUUAAACUUGUGAAUAAGUUAGAAGUUACUGUCAUAAAAUAAUAAAAAAUUAGUAUUAAAAGCAUAAAA